CAGAGCAAUGGUGAGUGUGGUCAGGAAGUGAAGAAACGGGUCCAAGCAGGUUGGAACGGGUGGAGGAAGGUGUCAAGUGUGUUAUGUGACAGAAGAGUCUCUGCUAGGAUGAAAGGCAAAGUUUAUAAAACAGUGGUGCGGCCAGCCAUGAUGUACGGAUUAGGGACAGUGGCACUGAAGAGACAACAGGAAGCAGACUUCGAUGGUUUGGACACGUCCAGAGGGGAGAGAGUGAGUAUAUUGGUAGAAGGAUGAUGAGGAUGGAGCUGCCAGGCAAGAAAGCUAGAGGAAGACCAAAGAGAAGGUUGAUGGAUGUCGUGAGGGAAGACAUGAGGGCAGUGGGUGUUCGAGAGGAGCAUGCAGGAAAUAGGCUUACAUGGUACUCGUUUCUUUGACGAGGGGGUUAUUGGUCCUAUCUCCAAAUAAGGGUCUAGUAGGAUAUCCUCCCAUCUCCCCCAUCUCACAUUAGUUGCUUUAGUGCUUUUGAUGGUACCUUUCCGCAAGAAGCGAUGAACUUGGCUCUGUGUGAUGACCUUUAUUCCUUGUCACUGGGAUAAAUCCUUCAAGGUCCCCCAGUACCUGGCUAGGACUGCCAGUUCCCUUUCUUCCCGGGGAAACUUAUUUUCCACGCUGCUCAGGGUGUAAGUCCAUAAGGUCACCAAGCCUGCUCCCUCGUUACUGACGCUCACCAUAGCCGAGUCUUCGUCGCACUCCACUUUAGUGAUCAAUCUUGUAUCCAAACCCCUUGGCUCUAGUUGUACAGCGUUUCUCACUGCUUUCUUCAAUUCUUCUAUGUUCUCUUGAUCUUUCGCUGACCAAUCCCAGCUUUUAGACUUUCCUUCUUCAGGAUUUUUCCGCAGACGGGCAUAAAGGGGCUUUGCAUAUUUUUGAUUAUAGGGGACAUGAUCCCGAACAUGGCGGCACGGUGGCCGACUGGUUAGAGCGUCAGCCUCACAGCUCUGAGGACCCGGGUUCAAUCCCUGGCCCCACCUGUGUGGAGUUUGCAUGUUCUCCCCGUGCCUGCGUGGGUUUCCUCCGGGCACUCCGGUUUCCUCCCACAUCCCAAAAACAUGCAUUAAUUGGAGACUCUAAAUUGCCCGUAGGCAUGACUGUGAGUGCGAAUGGUUGUUUGUUUCAAUGUUCCCUGCGAUUGGCUGGCAACCAGUUCAGGGUGUACCCCGCCUCCUGCCCGAUGACAGCUGGGAUAGGCUCCAGCACGCCCGCGACCCUAGUGAGGAGAAGCGGCUCAGAAAAUGGAUGGAUGGAUGGAUGGAAAAGGAUGACGCGCUGUGGCGACCCCUAAAGGGACAAGCCGAAAGGAAAAGAAGAUCACGGAUUAAAGGCCCUGUCAAAGUGGAGUGGUGGUUUCGACUGACCUGUAAUUUCAGUAGGAAGAGGGCCAAGCCACUUCAGAGAUGGAGCAGGUAUCAGAUGAUGAGUUGGAUCAUGGAGCUGAAGAGGACAGUGAUAAGGAGGACCAAGACCUGGACAAGAUGUUUGGAGCCUGGCUAGGGGAGUUGGACAAGCUCACACAGGGUAUGGAUGACGGCAGGCCCCAGAAGGCGCUGCAGAAGCCUCCUCUCAGGCAAGAAACAAACAUUGCCAACUUCUCCUACCGGUUCUCAAUGUAUAACAUAAAUGAGGCACUGAACCAGGGUGAAACAGUAGACUUGGAUGCUCUGAUGGCUGACUUGUGUACCAUCGAACAGGAGCUUAGUACAAUUUCCAAGCCGAACUCUCGGAGUCAGAGCAAGCGCGCCCCAGGGGGACGCAGUGCCAGCGCCAAGCACCCAGGCACCAGUGGAGGGGGAAGCAGUGGAGGAAGUGCCAGUAGCAGCACUCGGGCAUCUCCGGCCAACACGGUUCGAGGGAGCAGUGUCAACACGCGCCCGGUGGCCUCCAACAUUUCCCUGGAUGACAUCACCUCUCAGCUGGAGAAGGCCUCGCUCAGCAUGGACGAAGCUGCCCGUCAGACAUCCUCGUCGUCCUCAUCGUCCUCAUCCUCUUUCUCCUCCACGACGUUGCGACGUCCCUCAUCUGAUUCGUCUGGGAGCGGCCGGCACCAUCGGCGGACGGGCUCAGUGGGUGCCGUCAGCGAACAGGAGGCUCCAUCCCAGCGGUCCAGUGUAAACUCGGCGUGUGCGUCGGCGUCCAGUAUGGACUCCCUGGACAUUGAUAAAGGGAUGACGGUUGGAGAGGUUGAUGGAAGUAGCAGCCCGAUCAUACAGAGGCAAAGCCAGACCAGCACAGAGCAUGUCACACUGCGGUGGGCCAACGGUAAAACGGCCAGGCGGCACCUUGACUUCACCUCACAAGAGGGUGAAGUGGAUCGGGCCACUCACUCCUAUUUGGACCAAGAAACCUCACUUAUUCUGAAAAGCAUAGCUGGAAAGCCUUCUCACCUCCUGACCAAGGAAGAACAUGCCGCCAAGCAGAAGGCAGAGAAGAUCCGAGUGGCCCUGGAGAAAAUCAAAGAGGCGCAGGUCAAAAAGCUGGUGAUCAGGGUGCACAUGUCAGAUGAGAGUUCCAAAACCAUGAUGGUGGACGAGAGGCAGACGGUCAGGCAGGUGCUGGACAGCCUGCUGGACAAGUCGCAUUGUGGCUACAGCCCAGACUGGUCGCUGGUGGAAACCAUUACUGAGCUGCAAAUGGAACGUAUUUUUGAGGAUCACGAGAAUUUGGUGGAGAAUCUGUUGAACUGGACGCGGGACAGCCACAACAAGCUCAUGUUCAUUGAGCGCAUCGAGAAAUAUGCUCUCUUCAAGAACCCUCAGAACUAUUUGUUAGGGCGUAAGGAGACUUCAGAAAUGGCUGACAGAAAUAAGGAGGCUUUAUUAGAGGAGUGCUUCUGUGGCGGCUCAGUGUCAGUGCCUGAGAUUGAAGGCGUCCUGUGGCUAAAGGAAGAUGGGAAGAAGUCAUGGAAGAAGCGCUACUUCCUUCUCAGGGCUUCUGGAAUCUACUAUGUCCCGAAAGGCAAAGCCAAGGCAUCCAGAGAUCUUGUGUGCUUCUUGCAGCUAGACCAUGUUAAUGUGUAUUACGGUCAAGACUAUCGCAGCAAAUAUAAAGCUCCUACUGACUACUGCCUGGCUUUGAAGCAUCCACAGAUCCAGAAGAAGUCACAAUAUAUUAAAUAUCUGUGCUGUGAUGAUGUCAGGACCUUGCACCAGUGGGUUAAUGGAAUUAGAAUUGCAAAGUAUGGGAAGCAGCUCUAUGUAAACUACCAGGAGGCCAUGAAAAGAACAGAGGCAGCCUACGAUUGGUCCUCUCUAUCUACCUCCAGCAUUCGAUCAGGAUCCAGUUCUGCAAGCAUACACGAAUCACAGUCUAACCAUUCAGGCCAUUCAGACAGUGGCGUGGACACAGGGUCCUCUCAUGGUCGCUCCCAGAGUGUUGUGAGCUCCAUUUUCUCCGAGGCUUGGAAGAGAGGCACACAAUUAGAGGAAAACACCAAGAUGCGAAUGGAGGCUUCCAGAGGGGCCACUUUGCCCCAUGCUUCCCACAGUCACCGCCAUCACAGCCAGCAUUCAGUUGACCAUGCGACCCCGACAACCCCUCCUCAGCCUCAGCCUCAGGCUCAAGCUCAUCCCCACCAACAGCCUCAACCACAGGCAGUCGAGCAGCACCUGCCCCCGAAGCCACAGUCGCCUCAACAGGUCCCGCAGCCGCAGUCACCUCAGCGCUUGCAGCAGCCUCCGCAACAACAACAACUGCAACAUCAGGAGCCGCACACCACAAGCACCUACAGCCACAUGCCCCCCCAACAGCCGCCACACCCUGUGAACAACUACAGCCAAAUGCCUCCACCGCCGUCACUUCAACACACACACUCAAACUACAACCAGCCGUCGCACCAAGUGAGCAACUACGUCGUGCCCUCCCAACAGCCACUACACAGCGAGAGUAACUACAGCCAUGUGCCUCCCCCCCAGCAACAGCCAGCUCCUCCACCACCUCCCCCUCCCCCUCCCCCUCCACCACCCCCACCCCCAGUCCAAGCCAUGUCGCACUACUCUCCAGCUCUCAACAUGUACAAGUUCAGUACAAUAACCAGGCUGCAGAACCAGAACCAGGCUGGCAGUCAUCACAGGAUGCAUCCCCAGCCACCUCCCCCAUCUCAGACACUGCCCAGCGCAAAGGUACAGAUCAAACCAAAUGUGAAUCACAUUGCAGCAAGGACCAAUGUCCCGCCUCCACCUCCUCCUCCACCGCCACCAUCUAUGCCAACCCCUGGUUCUGCCAUGGCUGCAUUGAAGUUCGGUCCUCCGAGUCCAAACGCCCUCGCUGCCUUCAUCCCGGCGCCUCCGGUUCCCCAGACCAAUGGAGGAGUAUUUCCACCCCCUCCUCCUCCUCCCCCAUCGGCACCGGGUGCCAUCAGCCAGUCGACUUAUCCAAUUGGGCUGAAGCAUGCACUGAAAGAAAGGUUUCCCAGCCCACCACGAGAUCUUUUAUCUGCAAACGGAGAAGUUGAAGACUCUCCGCCUCCUGCUCCUCCUCCAUCACCUCCACCUCCACCUUCACCACCCCCUCCCCAGCAGCUUCCAGUGCCAGCACAGUUCCCACCUCCUCCGCCAGCACCACCCAAAUCAUUUACCCCAGGGUUUGUUCCUCAUACUGCCCCCAAACCUGUGUCACCUGUCGCACCCUUCCCACCUGCCCCAUCUCCGGCCACCAUGGGUGCGCUGCCACCACCGCCACCCCCUCCUCCACCUGCACCCCUCAAGAAGCAGUUCAGUCUCCAGAUAGGCUACACUUCCAGCCAACCUCCGCCGACUCUGCCCAAGCAGCACAGUCUAUGUAAGCCCCCACCUGUUUCCACAGGAAUGGCCCCCGUUUCGUCUUUGGUGAAACAGCUCGCAAGUCAGUUUCCUGGGGCUCCAACCCAGGCAGCCAAUCACACGGAGGGCCCCAAAGUUCCCCUAUCCCCACCUGCAGUCAAGUCCAAACCAAAAUGGCAGCCUGUUGGCAGUCAGCAGCUACAGUAUUCAGAAUUCCCACCCCCUCCGGACAGUGUUCAAGUCAACAAUACUGGUUUUCCUGCUCCACCACCACCACCACCAGCUCCAUUGGGCCCUGCCUCUUGUCCUACACCACCACCCCCUCCCCUUCCUCCUGGGAAUAUGGGAUCACCUGUGAGGAUGUCACACUCUGGCAUCUCCUGUCUAGGAGGUAAAAAACCUCCUCCGACCCCCCAGAGAAACUCCAGCAUCAAGUCUGACUCUUCUGCAUCGUAUGAAGAAUCCAGGAGGAACCUCCUCAGUAAGUUUGCGGCCCAGAGCAACAUCCCUUCAUCCUCCCACUCUCCCACCUCUGCUUCAACUGGGUCUCCGUCAAAGGAUCCCUCAGGGGGACCCCGUGCAGCCCCAAAACCGGGUAAGCUCAACUUGGCCAACCUGCCCUUGGGUCUUCAGGCCAAAGUGACCCAGGCAAAGCAGUCAGGCAGAGACUUUCCCUCCCCGCCAGCAGAGUGUGCCUACUUCCCUCCUCCACCGCCACUGUCUGAGCUAUUCCCACCUCCUCCUGGGAGUGAUUCUCAUAGUAGUGGACCUCCAAGAGUAGCUGUGGUGAACCCCCAGCCUCAAGCUCCUCCUCCUCCUCCUCCUCCUCCUCCUCCACCACCACCAGUCUCUGUUAUUAGCAACUCCACUUGGGGUAAGAGCUCGCUGAAAAAAACUCCUCCCCCGACACUUGUGCGCCGUAGCAACACCACGCCAGAGCCCCCAUCGCUCUCACCACCACCACAGAUCCCUCCACCCACCUCACCUAAGGGAAGCUCAGGCCAGCCCAACUUCCUUGCGGAUCUGAGCCGGACCCUCAAGCGAAAGUCUGUGGGUAGGCAAGGCAAAAUGGACCCUGCUGGAACUAUGGAUGACAUGGUGCUGCCGCCACCACCCCCUGAGCUGCUGCUUGAACAGGGAAAGCAGAGCAAUGGAGGAAAUGAUGGCUACAUGUCGGGGAACAUCUCAGGCUAUGCAACGCUACGACGAGGACCCCCACCUGCACCACCAAAACGGGGGGAUGCCACCAAGCUUACCGGGGAGUGUUGAAAAAAUGUUUGGGAAAGAGAAAAAAGUCUGCUACCUGUUUGGUAUAACAAUAACAAAUUGCUUUUGUGUAUACCAAAAGCUAAUUCAGAAUUUGGUCAACGAGGGUUCCUUUUUCAAAUGCUCAGGAUUUUACUUUUCAUCAACAUUUAGACUCUUAUAGCAUGUAGUUUAAACCUUAUAGCUGAGUAUAAAAUCUUCCAAACUCAUAAUAAUAAAUUUUGUGCAUUAAGCAUUUGAAGAAAAUUACAAAUUAAUUUGGCAAAUAUGACAAGAUUCAUGUUGGACCAAACCAAGUAUCCUCUUCUGUUGCUGCGUAUUGGAGGAAAAAAAAAAAAAAAGGGACCUUGUUCAGGCUGUAAAUGGGAGUGCGUGUGUGAUUGGUGUGUAUGGGACACAUACAAACAUGCAUUGAGCAAAUGCACGUACAGUACAUGAGUAAGAGGACUAUGUGGAACAGGGCUUGUUUGCUUUUGUGUGAAAUUAUUUAAAUGAUCGAUUGAAGUGUUUUUAUUUAGACUCAACGGCAGUCUGGUCAGAUGUGCUCAUGGAAUGUUUAUUGGAAGUUAAAUGUGAAUGAUCACAUCCACACAAUGUCAAAAAUACAGUUUUAAAAUCUGAUAAAACAUUCUAAUGUGGUGUCUUUCCAAAUGGCCUUAUCCCGUGACAAAAGCAAAGACGGAGGCCUUAUUCUUUAAGUCUUGCACAGUGGGGGAGGGUUCUAAAUGCUCAGCGGACUGGGGGGAAAUACUCUAAUGCAAAACUUUCCAUGGACUUCUAAAGACAAUUGGAGGGGAAUUGUUGUAGAGUGCUAUUUUGGUUGUUGUUGUUUUUUUAGUCCGCAUGUACAGUUGUUGCAGCUGCGGCUCCCUUGCUGUCCCCCCCUGACCCCCAAUGCACCUGUCAUGUCACGUCACAACAAUCCAGGAAGUAGGCUGGAUUUGUCCGUGAAGUACAAGUUGUAUACUCCACAGAAUACUGUACAGUGCAUCGAAUCAUGUCGCGGAACACUUAUGUUAUGUGAGGGGGACAUACGACUUGAAUGUUGCCCUUAUAUUGGUGGGUAUGUUGUAACUGGUUUCUUUGUGGUGUCAUGAAAGUCUUCAGCCUAACUGCUUGCAGCGAUGCCUUCAUUUUCAGCAGGGUGCUUGUGCUGUCCCAACAUUUCAACAUGUGUCAGGAUGACAUUUAUAUUUCCAUCACUAGUAAAAACAAAAUAGAUUGGAAUUUCUUUUAAGGAUGCUUGUGACUAAUGGGGAAAAGAGAGACAAAAUCAGAGUGGUAUUGGUUGUGCCCGUACAAUUCAACAUGCUAUACGCUUUUAUUCUAUGCCCAACAUUGUUGUGGCAUACUUUUUGUUUUAAUCUUAGUUUAACAAGACUUUUGCUACAGUUCUGUGUGUAAAUUAUUGAUGUACUCGUGGGGCCUAAAUUGUUACAAAUUGAUUGUCCUUGCUUAUAAACCGAAAUUCACAAUAUAAAUGUUCAAACCAGAAUUUGUCCUGACUCGUUUGUAGGGUGUCCUCGACGCUUAGGUGAUUGUUUCAUAUUUAUGGCCUAUAAGUCUUUUACAAUAAAUAUUUAAAGUAAAUAUUACAAUACGACUGUUUUAGUGUAGGUGAACAACAUAUUCGGGUUCUGUCGCCGAACGUUAACGCCCUCUAGUGGUUUUCCCAUGUCACUAUCUGUUCUACCUGGCCUUUUAAUAGCCUACAACGUUCAUCCGGCCUUUUUUUUUUUUUUUUUUUUGCACACCUGGUCAUUUCUGGUGUAGGCUACACUGUGCUUUAUAAUAUAGGAAAAAAAGUGUCCUCAGGUGAUUCAAUUCAAAUGUAUUGCAAAAAUAAAUGAAAUUUUACCUAAAUGAAUGUGUAAAAACAAGCAGUUUUUAAAGAUUUAAUUCAAAUGUAUUGUACUCAAAAAUUAAAUACAACUUAAGUGUGCUUGGGCAGUGAUUCUUUCUAUUGGGUGCCGGUGUACCACACUUAAGAGAUUUAACUUGUCCAAAUCCUCUGAUUUCAGCAUCUCAACAGUAGAUAUUUUCUGAUUCUUGUAGUUCUUCAUGAACGCAGACUGGUUAUCCUUUGUGUUUAAUCAAAAUAAAACAUUUGAAAACC